CUGAGGCCCCGCCUCCACGCCCCCACGCAGGCAGCCUUCCCCACAUCCGGGUACCGACUCUAGCCGUCCAGACUUUGGCACUAUGGUCAUGGCGGAGGGGACGGCAGUUCUGAGGCGGAACAGGCCGGGCACCAAGGCGCAGGAUUUCUAUAAUUGGCCUGAUGAAUCUUUUGAUGAAAUGGACAGUACUCUAGCUGUUCAGCAGUAUAUUCAACAGAACAUAAGGGCAGAUUGCUCCAAUAUUGACAAAAUUCUUGAACCACCUGAAGGCCAAGAUGAAGGUGUAUGGAAGUAUGAACAUUUAAGGCAGUUCUGCCUUGAGCUAAAUGGACUUGCUGUCAAACUUCAGAGUGAGUGCCAUCCAGAUACAUGUACUCAGAUGACAGCAACUGAACAAUGGAUUUUUCUUUGUGCAGCUCAUAAAACUCCAAAAGAGUGUCCUGCCAUAGACUACACUAGGCACACACUUGAUGGUGCUGCAUGUCUUCUGAAUAGUAAUAAAUAUUUUCCCAGCAGAGUUAGCAUAAAGGAAUCAUCUGUAGCAAAACUAGGAUCAGUAUGCCGUAGGAUUUACAGAAUAUUUUCACAUGCGUAUUUUCAUCACCGGCAGAUAUUUGAUGAAUAUGAAAAUGAAACAUUUUUGUGUCAUCGGUUUACUAAAUUUGUGAUGAAAUAUAAUUUGAUGUCCAAGGAUAACCUGAUUGUACCAAUUUUAGAAGAGGAAGUACAGAAUUCAGUUUCUGGAGAAAGUGAAGCAUGAAGGGAAUCAGAGAAAAAUGUACUGAACACAUAAUUAAUAUUAAUUAUGUACUGUAUAUAUAUCAUUUUAGACACAUCAAUCAUGUAUCCAUAUUAUAGCUUUUUUGUUUAGUAUAGGUUUUUGUAUGCUGUGUGUAGCCUUUUAAAAUGGGAAAUACUUUUUAAGUUAUUCAUGAGCUGUAUAUUCACCAGUGUGGCACUCAUGGUUUUUAAAUAAGAUUAGUAUUAUCUGUUUAUAAUGCCUGUUAAUAAAAGAAUUUACAGUUUGGUAAAAUUGCUGCUAAACAAUCAUUGGAUCACAAUCCUCAUUAAAUAAACCCAUCUAUAUAAAAAGAUGAGUGAGCUUGAGGUUUCGCACAAGCCAUUUACUAAAGAAAUGGUAAAUUUUUCCUUUGGUUUUUAAUCCCUGAGUUUAGAUUUUCUAGAAGAUUCUGUAGUACAUAAAGUCUUAACUUUUCAAACGUGAUAAAAUAUUUUAAAAUUCUGUUUAUAGUUUUUGAUAUGCAUAUAUAAUUAUGUGUAUAUCCAAAUGUAAAUGCAAAUGAAGUAUUAGUAACACUUAAAUGAUUUUACUAUGCUACAUAAAGUAUAUUCUUGGCCAGCAUACCUGGAAAGGACUUACCUUUCUGCAACAAUGUAUGUUAUAUGUGAAAUGAUGAUGACCAUAGGCACAAUAAUGACGUUCCCACUGGAAACUCCCAUCUCUCCCUUCUGAAUUCCCCUAAUUCGCUCCCUGAACAGCAUUAGCUGAGAAGCUUUUCACCAAACUGUGAUUUAAUGGUAGCUUAUACCUAUUUAUGUUUGUAUUCAUUGCUUACAAAUUAUACCUCAUAUUAGCAAUUACAUUACACUACAGGAAAAAAUGUAUUGGCAUAGAUUCUUACCUUUGUUUUGCAAAAUUGUUCUAUUUGGAAAAUAGUCCUUAAAAUCGUUUGACUCUUCCUAUUCGUAACAUUAAUCGUUUCAUUUAACCAUUGAGGCAGCAUUUAGGUAGAGUUGAAAGAAUAUUGUAAUAUUUAUUUUGUACCCUCUCCCCACAAAGUUUAUGUUUGAAUUAUAUGCACAUGUGAGAUUAUUUGCAAUAAUUUGCAGGUUCCAAGGAUGUUAAUGAAUGGUCAUACAUUUUUUGGACUAUGUUAUAAUUCAUUGUCUUAAGAAGGAUUCAACUACAGAUUUAACAAACUAAUAAUCUGUUGGAGGCAGUUUUUAAAAAAGCAUUGUAGGUCUUACUGCCAAACUGAAGGGAGGCACUAAGAGAGGGUAAAAACAUUGUACAUGUAGUGAAGAAAAUAUUUAAAUCCAUAACUUGAAUUUAGCAAUCACGGGGAACUUCUUUUUCAUUUUUAAUUACAUUUUUCUUUGAUAAAAGGCUCAUUUUGAAAUGAAGAUGAAAAUGUAUUAAUCUUACUUGAAUGUGAGGAAAUAAUUUAUACAAUAUGAGGCAAGUAUGUACAGCAAAAAUGUGGGAAGUAGUAGCUUAAUGAGAUUGUGUGUAUAAUUUAUGCUUUUCUAAGCCUGCCAGCCUAUUUGGCUUUGAACAGUGCUAUCCUAGCAGCCAUUCAUUAGUAUGCCUCAGCCCACAGCUAUCUUUUAGGAAGUUUGGUGUUCACGGUGAAAGGAAUGUUGACUUUGAAAUUAUGCAUUUAUAUUAAUGUAACUAUAAAAUACCAAUGGGAAUAGUAAUUUUUAAAUGAACUUUCUAAGUAUUGAGAGACAAACUACUAAAUUAAUAAAUUAUAUAGUAAUGUGGCUGUUUUCUCUAGAAGGCAUUUCACAAUAAAUUUAUGUUACUUGACUUUUCUUGGUGAACAUUUGAACUAAGACAGUGACUGGGAUUGGUGAUCUAGCUAAGUAUUUUGAAACACACUGGUUUGGUGUUUACAGGGAAAUAAAAUAUGAUUUUUUUCCUACUCAUUCCAUCUUCCCUGUAGUCUGUGUUUGGAGUUAAUCAUAAAAAAAAAAAAAAAAAAAAAAAAAAAAAAAAAAAAAUUCCCUGAAAGAAAACAUCCAUUUAUAGUUUUGUUUUGUAUUCAUGUUGAUAUUUCAAUCGUAUUUAUUGCACUAUGAGGUUGAUUCAUUAUACUAGAUAAGACCUAAACAAAACAUUUUCUAUUUAACUAAUGCUGUUUACAUAAUUUUGAAAAUGUAUAUGUAUGUACCUAAGUGGUAUUAAAUUAAUGAGCCUGGCAAACCAUUAAUUUAUAACGUAAGUGUUCUAAAAAGUGGAGAAAUGAAGAACUCACCAUUCUGUGUAAUAGGGUAGUUAGGCUCCACUUUUGUUUGAAUUAUCCUAUAGAGAUCCAAAAUUAAAAAUUAAAUUUUUCUUUUCAUAAAAUUA